UGAGCGGGUGGAUUCAGAGAGAGACAGAGAGAGAGAGAGAGAGAUGUGUGCAUGUGUGUCCGCAUCGGAAGAUGAAAGAUAAAUAGAGAUGUGUGGCUGACCAUAAAACAGAUGAUAGCCGGAGACAACCGUCCAUCACUGCCUGAUCAGCCUCAAACCCGCUGGCUAAUGACCCCACCCAACAGCAGCCCAAGCGCAACUCAACCGCCUCUUUCCACUGGCUUCUUCAGGAAACAACAGCCUGUUGCCUCAUCCACCUCACAGCCAAAGGCUUUGUGAACAUGCACUCCGCUAACAGCACCGCUCCCCGCGCGAACGGGACCGGUUACAACAGCGCGUUCACGCUCCAGGUCCUGCCGGCUCUGUACAGCCUCAUUUGCGCGGCAGGCCUGAUUCUGAACCUGCUGGCGGCCUGGAUCUUCCUGCGGGUGCCGUGCUGCUCGGGGCUGGUGGUGUAUCUGAAGAACAUGGUGGUGGCCGACCUGCUGAUGCUGCUGUCCUACCCGUGGCGUGUGGCCGCGGUGCUGGAGGUGGGCGGGUGGCGCCUCCAUGUGGUGGUGUGCCGCUACACCGCCGUGCUCUUCUACUCCAGCAUGUACGUGGGCAUCGUGUUCCUGGGCCUCAUCAGCCUGGAGCGCUACAUGAAGAUCGUGCACACCGCCGGCCUGCCCUCCUCCGUCUCGACCCUCGUGCAGAACGUGUCCGUGGCCCGGGUGCUCUCCGCACUCACCUGGGGCCUGGUGGCCGUGGCGCUGCUGCCCAACUCCAUCCUGACCAGCAGGGAGGCGGACGAGGCCAGAGCCAAGAACUGCAUGAGCCUGAAGACCCCGCUGGGGGUGCAGUGGCACAAGACCUCCACCUACCUGUGCGUGAGCCUGUUCUGGGCCACCUUCCUGCUGCUGGGCUUCUGCUACUCCUCCAUCGCCCACCACGUGUACCAGUCCUACCGGCGCGUGCGGAAGGAAAGCAGCGAGGCGCACAGGAAGUCCAACCGCAGCAUCUUCAGCAUCCUGCUGGUGUUCUUCCUCUGCUUCGUGCCGUACCACGUGUGCCGCAUCCCCUACACCAUCAGCCAGACCUCCGAGGCCUUCAGCGAGCGCAGCCGCUUCCUGCUCUUCCAGGUGAAGGAAGGGACGCUCUUCCUGUCUGCGCUCAACGUCUGCCUGGACCCCGUCAUCUACUUCCUCAUGUGCAGGACCUUCCGCGAGUCGCUGCUCAGGAAGUUCUCGCCCGCGGCAGUGGAGCCCAGGAGGCCUUACGUGACCAACGCCCACAGCGUCAGCAACAUGUGAGAGAGAGAGGAGACCGACGGGAACGGACGAGAGAGACCUUUCUGGAAAGAGGAGGAGAACGAGUGCGCAGAAAUAAAGAUGCAGAAAUGUAAAGAAAGAGGAGAGAGGAUAGAAAGUGGUAUGGUCCCUGGGUCAAGGUUUUUUUUUUUACCACUGCAUGGUAUAUUUAGUCAUUAUUUCAGCAAUAGAGAGCAUUCAACAAUAUGUUUGUGAGGAGUAUAUUAGCUAUUUUUAUACAUACUGUGAUUUUGAAAUUGUAUAAUAUUUCAUUUUAAAGAGCACAAGCAGUCUGACCUCCUUGUGUAUUUCUUCACUUUACUAAUAUGGAGGCAGAGAGUAGCAGAUAGAAAUGGGAUCACAGUACAGUAAUGCCCCUUUUGUACAUUCGAGUCGCGCUGGACCUGAGCUGGACUCGCUUCAUCUAUAAAAUGUGUUAAAAUGUGGUCCAAACUGGUCAGACCUGACGCAGAUAUUGAUUUCAUUUCUGGUGCUGGCACGAUAAUAAUCAAGCUGAGAACUAGCAGUUAUGUCAACAAUGGUCAAUUUAAAAAUUUUCCAUGAGGAUGUGCCAACAAACCAUUGAGGAAUAUAUACAGCUCAGUCGUUAAAUAAGCACAUAACACAUAGUGUGGAAGUGUGAUAUAAUUAUUACGGAACUGGGCUUGAAGCUAAAGGUUUCAGGUUAUAGUUCCAGAUAAGCCAUUGAAGAUAGGUACUUAGCCUGAAUUGCAUCAGUAAAAUAUCUAUCUGUAUAAAUCGAGACUGUGAAUGAAAAAAGUUAAAUAAAAGACAAAUGUUUUGCUAAAGUUAUUGUGACAAAGAGAA